CAAAGCAAAUGUAAAUUGCAGGACAAACUUCUGAACUAUUUAGUGCUUCAUUUUCUUUUACUUUAUGCUAAUUGAAAAACAAAUAGAGGCAGAAAAUAAUAAAAUAAUUAUACAAAAGAUAGAAAUGAACCAAACCACCAACCAUGAUCCAAACAGUUCCUUUCAUAUGUUUGGAAAAUACUAUCAGGAUAACUUGUUAAAACUAAUCUGGAAAUAUCUGGACCUGGACCCUCAUCAUAAGCUUCUCUACAUCGGAGAAAGUGGUGAAAGUUUCAUCCCAGUCUUGGAAAAGACUUCAGCUCUGUUACAGCCUGUGGUCUGGGGAGAGGAAUGUGGUGCCCCACACACAGAUAAGAAACUUAAAAGGAUAGAACAAUUGGACAAUUACAGUUUCGAUAGAGUUUUGCUUGUGAAUGCUGUGCAGUAUUUCCAGAAUCCAUCUGAAACAUUCACACAAGUCCUAAACACACUACAUGCGUCUGGUAAGAUCCUACUAGUUCACCGGCCAGGACCUAUAACCACAUUACCAUUUUUCAGAAAGGCCAAGAAGAAGUUAGAAGAACAGGAUUAUCCCUACAUGAAAAUAUUUGAAAGCCUGAGGAAACUUGGAGCUGAUGUCCAAUGGAAAAUUGAGCAUGUUCCAGUAACAAUUAAAAAGGAUGACUGGCUAUCCUUACUUGGAAUGAAGAUUGCACCCAUACUUCAGCAUUUAAGUGAUUAUGAAGUUGCCACAGGCCUCCAAGAGUUGACACAAGGAUGCCUAAAAUAUUCAGAGGAAGUGGUGUCCUUUGAGGAUCGCCUGAUGUUCAUUAGUGCACAUAAACUGAGCGAGGAAGGUGGUGCGUAUCCCAGUAUCCAACGCUCUGGUUGUGUUCACAGUACGCCUCCACAUUCUGCAGUGUGGGACCUGCCACUCAAACUUCCCCUCACCGAAGACCUCAUCAAAUACCUCCAUAAGCCUUCGAAACCAAAGUGUCUAUUUAAAAGAAUGUUUUGAUUGAAAUGCUGUGUUGACUGUGUGCUAAAUAGAUCCUUCUACAAUUUGACACUCAUACAAUGUAAGAAAUAGGAAUUCAAUCACCCCUGUUUUAAUCUCUGUAUUAAUGUGUUUUACCAAGGCAUUGCUCACCGAGGUUAUAGUCUAGACAGUCCUCUUUUUCUGUGAGCUCCUCAGCUAUGUUGUAAUACAUGUGACUGAUGAAAUGUUGACAAAUUAUACAAAUGAAUAAAGGUGGUGGUAGGUUUUAAGUACUUCAAGUUUAACUCAUACAAACGAUUUUUUCCCCCUUUUUUGUGCUGUAUAACUAGCCAUUUAUAUCAAACAUAUAAUUUAAGAUUCCUAUCAUAUUAUAAUCUAAGUAUACAGAAUUGUUUUAUACAUCUCUUUAUUUAUCCUUAUAUUAAUGUAGCUGAGACUGAUUCAUCAGCUGUACGCUAAGCACCACAGGAUACUGAAUUUAUAUCUUGUGAUUAAGGCGCCACCUUGUGGUUUUACCAUGGAAAUGGCCCCAAGCCACUAUUGUUCUUGAUUUCGUUCCUCAUAAUUAUGCUGCUUUGAAAUACAUUACAUAUUAAUACAACUAUUGACAACACGCAUUAUUAAUAACGCCCUCAUUUCACCACAACUUGUUUUUUUGGUAUAUAGCUUAGCGUAUAUAAAACGUAUUGUACUCCAUUUAAUGUCGCUGGUUGACUGGCCCGUUAGUAAAUUAGUAAAUAAACAAAUAAAAACUAGCAAAUCAGCGUUUUCAGUUCCGGCUAUUGGGAGGGAAAACAAACUAUUAAACUCCCAGAAUGCAUUCGAUGUAACAGAGUCAUACAUUAUUUUCAAUAUAAUAAUAAUACGCGACAUAAACGAUGUUUAAAAUAAAGGUAUCAAGAUCACACGCAUCAUUAUUACCGAACGGCGUCAGUUGUGUACCGUGUACUUGCCUUGCAAUUCAUACGUGACUGCAGGACAAGUACUUGUUGUAUUCUGUUUUUAAAGGCAAUAAAAUAACUUAUUGAUCUUGUGAGUUUGGUAUGUAUUUGGGUUAGGGUUCUGUUGUAACCGCUCCUGAAUGACCCAUCGCCCACUAGUCUAAAAUACAAAUAUUUUAUCUGGUGAAAUUCCAACGUCUUACAAUCAAAAUGAACCGGGAUACGGAUUUAAACUUUGAUCUCGAAACUUCCUCUGUUCUUUUUCUUUAUCAGAAGUGUGCUAUACAGCUACGCAGGGGAAUGCUUUUUCAAAGCGUUAGAUAACAAGUGUUUAUUUUACAAAAUAGGAAUCAAACAACUAAGUUGUAUAAUUCAAGGACGCUUAUGCACUUUCAAGUUGUUUGUUGUGUGUAUAUAAGUUUGUGGUAUAUUUAAGAAAAACUGCAGUUUUCCUACUAUACGUCAAUCUCAAUAAUAUUGCGAACCUGUUAUCAAAAUCUGUAGAACCCAUGUAAAACAAAAUCUUAAAACACACAAAUGAAGGAACUUUAGCCUACACUAGCAAAACAAACUGCUUUCCAGAGCCAGUAAAGGAACUUAGAAAGAGGAGACCUGGCUGCAGUAAAUAAAAAUCACCAAAAUUAUAACAUGUACAAAUUCCAUAUUUGAAAUAGCAGGCUACCUGGGUUCUUCUGAGCAGAAAUACAACGUACAGUAGGUUACUGUACAUCUUUGUUUUCAUCAAAUG